AUGUAUGGUGAUAAUAGAAAAAGUGAUUUACUAUUAAAUGCAUUUAUUAUUCUCUUAGGAGAAAGUGAAGCAGACAUUCUUCAGCAGAAAAGUGAGAAACGUAUAAAAUAUCCAAAUACAAGAAACAUUAGUUUUUCAUCAGACGCUGAUUUAAAUUCCAAUGGAGUAAAACGUAAAACCAAUAUAACAAGUCAAAAACAACCUGUCAAAAGAAGAUUAAAUCUUGAAACAAAAAUUGCAAUGGAGCACGAAAAUAAUGAGAUAUUAAAAAGACAUUCUGAACUAUUAAAAAAAAGAAGAGUAAUUGAAUCUUCAGAAAGUGAAACCGACGACACAGAUGAAGAAGAUAGUUCUUCAAUUAAUUCUCAAAGUUUAAAUGAAAGCGAAACUGAGAAUGGAGGAGCGGAAUCAGAAGAUACUCACAAACUGACUAAUACUGAUGAAGAUAAUAUUUAUGACACAAACUCUAAAGAAAAACGACCUGCAAGCAGAAAAUCACCAUCUUCGCGAGCAACGACUGCUUCAUCAAAAAGAGAAUAUCGUGACUCAGAUUAUGACUAUCCUGGUGCUUCAUCCAGAAGAGAAUCUCGUGAUUCAGUUGGUCGAAAUUCCAGUGCUUCGUCUAGUAAUGUAUCUCGUGAUUCAAUUGGUUUAAAUUCCAGUGCAUCAACCGGAAAUGUAUCAUCUCGUUCAAUAAAUCAAAAUUCCGCUGCAUCAUCCAGAAGAGAAUCUCGUGAUUCAUUUAAUCCAAAUUCAAGUGCUUCAUCUAGAAGGGCAUCUCGUAAUUCAGUUGGCUCAAAUUCCGGUGCUUCGGCCAGAAGAGAAUCUCGUCACUCAGUCGAUCAAUUUUCCGAUACUUCAUCUACAGGAGAAUAUCGCGGUUCAGUUGAACAAAAUCCCAGUUCUGCUCUUAGAUAUCAAGAUUUAGAAGAAAAUAUUGAAUCAUCAAUAGACGAAGAAAAAGUAAAAAAUGUUUAA